AUGUUUGAAGAAGAAAUACGGUUUUUGCGUAAAAUGAGCAAGCGCCAGCUUGCGCAACAAUUUUUAAAUUUUUUAAUGAUUGUUUCUUCCGCACUAAUGGUAUGGAAAGGUUUGGCACUUUACACAAAUAGUGAAAGUCCUAUAGUAGUAGUUUUGAGUGGAAGUAUGGAACCAGCUUUUUAUCGUGGUGAUCUGUUAUUCUUAGGAAUGCCCGAUGAACCAGUACGAGUGGGUGAUAUAUGCGUGUUCAAGAUCUCCGGAAGAGAUGUGCCAAUUGUUCAUCGAGUAAUAAAACUACACGAUGAGAGAAAGACUGGGAAACAGUACAUUCUUACUAAAGGUGAUAAUAACCAAGUAGAUGAUCGGGGAUUGUAUAAUCCAGGACAGCAAUGGAUUCAUAAAGAAGAUAUCAUUGGAAAAGUUAAAGG